AUGGAUGUUCAAAAGCAAUUUCUCCCCAAGGGCUCAUUCCAUUCAACAGUCGGACAGCUAGGGACGUAUGAAUCAUACAAGUAUGCCGAUCCGCUGCACAAAAAGCGUGAGUCACCAAGAUUCGACGUGUACCUGGAUGAUCCGAAGUACAAAUGGGUCAAGGAAGCAAUGGAGGUCGAACACGAAGCAUAUGACAAGCUGAUGACAACCUUCCUCCCAGAUUUCAACAUGGUGGGAACGUACUACUCACACAAGGCCACGGGACUGACAGUGCUCUCAUUUAAGACCAAUGACUCCAGAAAAGAAAUGUGCUUUGAUGUUUGCGCACCAACUUACCUGUCCAACGACCGCGGAGCUGCACAUGUAUUGGAACACGCAGUGCUGGUCAGAACGAAAACAUACAACACGUUCAACUUCUUUUAUCACAAUGUGGCCUCGGCAUAUGUUUCGUUCCUCAACGCACUGUUUUUCAGGGACAGGACAAGGUUCUACUUCUCGUCACUCAACGAAAAGUCCUACUACCACACUGCGGACUACAUGAUGGACGCCUUCUUCAGACCUUCGUUCCCACAAGAUCACGACGUUUUGAAGCAAGAGGGCUGGCACUACAAGGUCACCAAGGAAAACGACAAGAACUCAAACACCAAGGAACUGGGAGUCAAUGUACAUGGACGCCACGUGACUUACUCGGGAGUGGUUUACAACGAAAUGAAGAAGAGGAAGUUCUCAGACCCAGUGGACUUUGGAACCAGCGUCCUCUACCACAACCUGUUCACCAACCCUUUCAAGUUUGACAGCGGUGGCAAUCCUGAAGAUCUGGUUGAAUUGACCCAAAAGGAGCUGGAAGACUUUUACAAGACGUUUUACGGGCCAAAAACAGCUUCCGUCUACUUCUACGGGCCAAACGAUGUUUACAGGAGACUUGAAUACGUGGACAACUACCUCAGGAAGCACAACGUAGGAGUUUCACCAGAUCCCAAAACAGGCCAGCUGUCACACACUGCAUCUCAAGAGGUUUUGGACAAGCUCUCUUUGACCGAGGAGUACAGAGACAAGCCGAAACACGUCAAGGAACAGUUCAGCUCCAAAACCAAGGACGAGGACAUGUUCAUGAUGGGGUGGGUGCUGAAUCCGUCACACAAAGGCUCGAAGAAGUAUGACCUCGAUUCAGUUGACAAACUCGCCUUGGAAGUACUGUCAUACCUGCUUUUGGAGAGCUCGGAAAGUGUCCUACUGAACAAACUCGUGUCAUCCAAGUUUGCAACAAGAAGGGUCGGACCAGGACUUGACGAAUACUUCCCAGCUUACGAGUACCUUUCCUUCAUGUUUGGAGUCACGGGAGUCAAGUACACUGAAAAAACAAGGGACUCCAACGCAAAGACCUUUGAGAAGAUGGUUUUGGAAGCGCUAACUGAGGUCGUCACCAAGGGGUUCAACAGGAAGGCAGUAGAGGCAGCCCUAAACAAGGUAGAGUUCAAGCACACUGAAAAGAAAUAUGAAAUGAAAGAACACAGAAGAGGGUACUACCCGAGGGGUCUGGCUCUAUUGAGGUUAGUUAAGCCAAGAUAUCAGGAAGGAAAGGACCCAUUUGAGCUCUUGAGGUUCGAACAGCUCUUCCCAGAGCUUAAGCUUAGGGUCUUCUCCGAUGAUUCGUGCUCAUACUUGUCUAACCUGGUUAAGAAGCACUUGUUGAACAACAACACAAGGGUCACAUUGCACUUGGAAGCAGUGGAGUCUUCAAAGUUUGAAAAGGAGUUCAACAAGAAAGUCUCAGACCACCUAAGGGAAAGAGUCUCAAAGCUAACGAAGGAGCAAGUCGACGAGAUGGAGAAGGCUUACAACAAAUUCAAGAGCGAAAGGGAGGCUGACUUUGACCCUAAGGUGUUUGACUCAUUCCACCAGGUUGACUUAUCAGAGUUGAAGAAAGACAAGGUAUCAAACCCUUCAAAGUUGUACAAGCUGACCUCUGAUAGCUUAACUGAGACAACCGCCCUUCACAGUGAUAAGAGUUCGGUAACAGUUGUGGUUCAUCCAGUAGAGUCGCGAUCCGUGUUCUACAUGAACUUGGCCGUUUCAGUGGACUCACUCACUGUUGAGGAGCUUAAGUACCUGAAGGUUUUCACUUCCCUUCUCGGGUUGUCCAAGAACGACAAGCUCUCAUCUGAGGAAGUCAGCUACAAGCGUGACAACGCUAUGGGCAAUCUCUGGUUCUCGACUUUCUUCAGCACUCAAACGAACAACUCGACCUAUGACGACCCUACGAAAUCUGUUGGUUUCCUAGUUGUCAGAGCCAAGUCCUUGAAGCACACUGUUAAUGAAAUGGUCGACGUUGUGACUGAAGCGCUCUCGAAGGCUGAUUUCUCGGACUCCAAGAAGGGAGUGGAGGUUGUUAAAAGAACUCUGUCCUUCGUGGCACAACUUUCACUCGACCAGGCCCACAAGUUUGCACUUCGUAGAAUGGCUUCCAAGUUCUCAGUUUCUGAUUACGCUGACGAGGUAGUUAACGGUUACUCACAACUCAACUUUUUGAAGGAAACUCUGGUUCCACUGGCUGAGAAGGAUUGGUCAAAGGUUGAGUCUAAACUUAAUGAGAUGAGAACCAAGUUGUUGAGCAUGAAGAACUUGACUGUUAACCUUGGAGGAGACUCUGAACUACUGGACUCAUUCCUUGAUGACUCAACCACAUUCCACAGCAAGCUGUCCUCAACAUUCAAAAAUGACUCCAAGUCAAGUGACAAGGUCUGGGUCAAGGAAGUUCUCGACAAGAAAUUAAUGGAAACGGUUGACAAGAAUGAAGUCUUGGUCAUGCCAGUUAGGAACAACUACGUUGGUGUGGGAGGAAAACUCUUUGACAAGAGCGAUAAGAAGUCAGGAUCACACCAAGUAGUACUCCACUUCCUGCUUUGGAAUUUCCUUUACAAACAACUCAGAGCAUCCAGGAGUGCAUACGGAGUUCAUGCAUACCUUCUCAAGACUGGACACGUGGCACUUGUCUCCUACGCUGACCCGAACUUCCUGGAGACACUUGAGGUUUACAAGAAGGUCCCAAGCGCACUGUUGCAGGCACACGAAGUACUUACUGACAAGGCUCUCAAGAUGUUCGUCUCAGGAACACUUUCAACAAUGGAUAGGGAAGAACAUCCUGAUGACCUUGUGUACAGCCGUCUGACAUCUAAACUUAGGGGAGAAACUGAAGAAUGGUCACUGAAAAAUAGGAAGGAAGUGCUCGAGACAACAAAGGAAGUUUUCAAACAAGUAGCAGACAAGUUUAAUAAGAGCAAGGACUGGCUUAACGUAACCUCGGUCGUUAACAAAUCAUCAGCUGACACUGCUCCCUCAUCCUACAAGAAACUAACCUAAACCACAAAUAAGAUUAAUUUUUAACACAUUUAUCACUUUGAGUGUUUAAAAUACUCUCCAUAUUCUCAAACGUCGUUACGUUCUGCCUUGACACCCUACUAUUGAUCAGCUCGACGUCUUCACUGCUCAACUCGACAUGAAGAUCAGGUUGCAGCUGCUGGACCAUUGAAAUCCGUCCAUUGGAUGAUUGGCAGAACAUUACUCUCUAUUUUAAUUUAAUAGAUGUCC